AUAUCUAUAUUUAAUUCAUUUGACUAUAUUUCUUUAAAGUCUAUCAAAAAUUAUUUAUUCAUUCAAAAUAGAUCGAUAUUUUUAAUAAAAAACUAACCGCUAAAUGUACCUGGCAUCAUUAUGGCUGACGCAGACACGGACUUAGCUAAAUUGAGAAAAGAAUGUAUAACUAGCUUAUAUUUGUGUACAGACAAUGUGAGCAAAUAUUUAGAUGAGGAAAAGGAAUCCGAAUUUGCCAAACUCAAGUCUUACGUUAGUGAAUACUGUCUAUUAGAAGCGCAGGAAGAUGUUGCUAUUCAGGCGUUGGAAAAGGCAAAAAGAGAAACAGACAUAUCAAAUGUGGACACACUGCAGGAAAGGUUUAAAAGUCACCUAAGCAGCCUUGCAAGUAAGCGACUAAAUAUAAACAAUCAUCCAUACAUGUUGGAACUGAAGAAACGGUUUGACAAGGGACAGCAGGCUGCCAGACAGAAUCUAGAUGAAUCCGAUAUAGCUAUUACUGAAACACAGGACCAAUAUAUUGAUCCAAUAACAAAGAAACCUAUAGUUGAUCCCGUUAAGAAUACAGUUUGUGGUCACAUAUAUGAAAAGGACGCCAUUAUGAACUUAAUUAUCAGGAAUAAUAAAACCAAGUGCCCAGUCGCCGGCUGCGGUAACCGCAGUCCAAUCAUGAAGCAACAUCUUAUCUCUGAUGAAGAGCUUAAGUUCCGCAUGACUCUUACGCAGCAUUCCACCAUGAUACAAGAGCGGUCCAUUUUGAAUUUAGACGACAGCAUAAAUUAAAAAAUAAAAAUAACAAAAAAAAUCACUACUGUUUCCUAUUCACUACAAUUUUACUAACAAAGCUAUUUACUUGUAUAGCUAUUAAUUUUUUAUGACAACAAUAAUGUAAGUAGUAAUUUAUACUCGACUGUGAUCAAAAUAAAGUAA